ACUGCAUGGAUUGCUGCUGCAGUUAUUUGUGUUCUUUUUCUUGUUGCUGCUGGUGUUAUUCUAGCUUUGUAUAUAUUAUACAGGCGUACAGAUAUGGUAAGAGUGACAAAAGUCAUCACAGUGGAAGAAGGCAGUGUUGUUACUUUACCCUGUUCACUCUGGACCAAGGACCUUCGGUCAACACAGUUUAGCUGGAAGAAAAUGUCUCAGAAUGAUGAAAGUCAGAUGGAGGUGUUCCUGUAUGAUAAAGGCGAGCGUUCAGGUCAGAGUGAACAGUUCAAAGGUCGAGUCUCACAUUUUCCAGAUGAACUGAAACAAGGCAACGCCUCCAUAAUCAUCAGAAAUACGACGAGGGCUGACAGUGGAGAAUACAGAUUAAUUCAUUCAUUCAUUCUGAAACAUCAAAAAGUCCACAUUACGCUUGUUGUUGGGCCAAAACUCAUCACAGUGGAAGAAGGCAGUGAUGUUACUUUACCCUGUUCACUCUGGACUAAGGAGGACAUUACGUCUACACAGUUUGUCUGGGAGACAACUGGUGAUGGUCAGAAGGUGUUCCUGUAUGAUAAAGGUGAUCUUUACAGUGACGAGCGUCCAGGUCAGAGUGAGCAGUUCAAAGGUCGAGUCUCACAUUUUCCAGAUGUGCUGAAACAAGGCAACGCCUCCAUAAUCAUCAGAAAUACAAGGAGGGCUGACAGUGGAGUCUACAGAUGUAUUGUUCCAUCACUUCAGAAACAUCAAAUGUUCCACAUUAAACUUGUUGUUGGGCCAAAAGUCAUCAAAGUGGAAGAAGGCGUAGAUGUUACUUUACCCUGUUCCCUCUGGCCCAAGGAGGACAUUACGUCAACACGGUUCGUCUGGAUUAAAACUGAUGAUGAUCAGGAGGUGUUCCUGUAUGAUAAUGGCGAUCUUUACAGUGACGAGCGUCCAGGUCCAACUCCAGAACCAGAUGAACAUCAUCCAUUAAUGACGGAAUGA